CUCUCUCCUCACCCCCCUGGCACAAGUCUUCGUAUCUGAGCCCUGGAGACUGUUGGGGGGAGGAAUUCUGUGGCCCCUCCCCUGAGCCCGCCACCUCUAUAUAGAGGGGACCGAGCGCAUCAGGCUCGGUCUGCCCAGCUGCUAGCAAGCACCCGUCCGGACACGCCUGCAUCUUCGGCUUUCUUUCUGGACUUCUGUGCCCUUUGAGCCAAAAUGGCACAGAAGAGCCAACUCAGCGACGAUGAGAAAUUCCUCUUUGUGGAUAAGAACAUCAUCAACACCACAGUGGCCCAGGCCGACUGGUCAGCCAAGAAACUGGUCUGGGUCCCUUCGGAGAAGCAUGGCUUUGAAGCCGCGAGCAUCAAGGAGGAGAAGGGGGACGAGGUGCUGGCCGAGCUGGCCGAGAACGGGAAGAAAGUGACCUUCAGCAAGGAUGACAUCCAGAAGAUGAACCCGCCCAAGUUCUCCAAGGUGGAGGACAUGGCCGAGCUCACCUGCCUCAACGAAGCCUCCGUCCUGCACAACCUCCGGGAGAGAUACUUCUCAGGCCUCAUUUACACCUACUCAGGGCUUUUCUGCGUGGUGGUCAACCCUUACAAGCAGCUGCCCAUCUACUCGGAGAAGAUCGUGGACAUGUACAAGGGGAAGAAGCGCCACGAGAUGCCGCCUCACAUCUACGCCAUUGCUGACACCGCCUACCGGAGCAUGUUGCAGGAUCGAGAGGAUCAAUCCAUCCUUUGCACGGGAGAAUCGGGCGCUGGCAAGACAGAAAACACCAAGAAAGUGAUUCAGUAUUUGGCCGUGGUCGCCUCCUCGCAUAAGGGUAAAAAAGACACCAGCAUCACGCAAGGGCCGAGUUUUGCUUACGGCGAGUUGGAAAAGCAACUUCUCCAGGCCAAUCCCAUCCUGGAAGCUUUUGGGAACGCCAAAACUGUGAAGAAUGAUAACUCCUCCCGAUUCGGCAAAUUUAUCCGCAUCAACUUUGACGUGACGGGGUACAUUGUGGGAGCAAAUAUUGAAACCUAUUUGCUGGAAAAAUCUCGCGCUAUUCGGCAGGCCCGAGAGGAAAGGACCUUCCACAUCUUUUAUUAUUUACUUGCCGGGGCCAAUGAACAAAUGAAGAUGGAGCUUCUGCUGGAAGGGUUCAACAACUACACGUUCCUCUCCAAUGGCUACGUGCCCAUUCCUUCUCAGCAGGACAACGAAAUGUUUGAGGAGACCCUGGAAGCCAUGACUAUCAUGGGAUUCACAGAAGAAGAGCAAAUUGCAAUGCUGAAAGUCGUCUCAUCAGUUCUCCAGCUUGGCAAUAUUGUCUUCAAGAAGGAGAGAAACACCGAUCAGGCAUCCAUGCCGGACAACACAGCUGCUCAAAAGGUUUGCCACCUCACGGGCAUCAAUGUGACAGAUUUUACACGGUGCAUCCUCACCCCUCGGAUCAAGGUUGGACGAGACGUUGUUCAGAAGGCACAGACCAAGGAACAGGCCGAUUUCGCAAUAGAGGCCUUGGCCAAAGCAACAUACGAACGCCUCUUCCGUUGGAUCCUGACCCGGGUGAACAAAGCCCUUGACAAAACCAAAAGGCAAGGCGCCUCCUUCUUGGGCAUCCUGGACAUUGCCGGCUUUGAAAUUUUCGAGAUCAAUUCUUUUGAGCAGCUUUGCAUCAACUACACCAACGAGAAGCUCCAGCAGCUCUUCAACCACACCAUGUUCAUCCUGGAACAGGAAGAAUACCAGCGCGAAGGCAUCGAGUGGAAUUUCAUUGACUUUGGGCUGGACCUGCAGCCUUGCAUUGAGCUGAUUGAAAGGCCGAAUAACCCUCCUGGUGUCCUGGCCUUGCUGGAUGAAGAAUGCUGGUUUCCAAAGGCUACCGACACCUCCUUCGUGGAGAAGCUGUGUACCGAGCAAGGCAACCACCCCAAGUUCCUGAAGCAGAAGCAGCUGAAGGACAAAACCGAGUUCUGCAUCGUCCACUAUGCCGGAAAGGUGUCCUACAACGCCAGUGCCUGGCUGACCAAAAACAUGGACCCUCUGAAUGACAAUGUGACGGCCUUGCUAAACCAGUCUUCUGAGAAGUUUGUGGCAGAUCUCUGGAAAGAGGUGGACCGCAUUGUGGGCCUGGACCAGAUGGCCAAGAUGACCGAGAGCUCCCUGCCCAGCGCUUCCAAGACCAAGAAGGGCAUGUUCCGGACCGUGGGGCAGCUGUACAAGGAGCAGCUGACGAAGCUCAUGACGACCUUAAGGAACACCAACCCCAACUUUGUCCGCUGCAUCAUCCCAAACCAUGAGAAAAGGGCAGGGAAGCUGGACGCCCACCUGGUGCUGGAGCAGCUGAGGUGCAACGGGGUUUUGGAGGGCAUCCGCAUCUGCCGCCAGGGCUUCCCAAACAGGAUUGUCUUCCAGGAAUUCAGGCAGCGGUAUGAAAUCCUGGCUCCUAACGCCAUCCCAAAGGGCUUCAUGGAUGGGAAGCAGGCCUGCAUCCUGAUGAUCAAAGCCCUGGAAUUGGAUCCCAACCUGUACAGGAUUGGCCAGAGCAAGAUCUUCUUCCGGACUGGCGUCCUGGCUCACCUGGAGGAGGAGCGAGACCUCCGGAUCACUGACAUCAUCAUCUCCUUCCAGGCCCAAUGCCGGGGCUACCUGGCCAGAAAGGCUUUUGCCAAGAGGCAGCAGCAACUGACCGCCAUGAAGGUCAUCCAGAGGAACUGCGCUGCUUACCUGAAGCUGAGAAACUGGCAGUGGUGGAGACUCUUCACCAAAGUGAAGCCACUGCUGCAGGUCACCCGGCAAGAGGAAGAGAUGCAGGCCAAGGACGAGGAGCUGAAGAUGGUGAAGGAGAGGCAGAUCAAGGCCCAGAGCGAGCUGAAGGAGCUGGAGCUCAAGCACAGCCAGUUGAGCGAAGAGAAGAACCUGCUUCAGGAGCAGCUGCAGGCUGAGACCGAGCUCUACGCGGAGGCCGAGGAGAUGCGGAUUCGCCUGGCUGCCAAGAAGCAGGAGCUGGAGGAGAUCCUGCACGAGAUGGAGGCCCGGAUCGAGGAGGAAGAGGAACGCGGGCAGCAGCUACAGACCGAGAAGAAGAAGCUGCAGCAGCACAUGCUGGACUUGGAGGACCAGCUGGAGGAGGAAGAAGCUGCGAGGCAGAAGCUUCAGCUGGAGAAGGUCACCGCGGAAGGGAAAAUCAAGAAGAUGGAGGACGACAUCUUGGUCAUGGAAGACCAAAACAACAAGCUCUCCAAGGAAAGGAAGCUCCUGGAGGAAAGAGUCAGCGAUUUGACGACAAACCUGGCCGAGGAAGAGGAAAAAGCCAAGAACUUGACCAAGCUGAAGAACAAGCACGAGUCCAUGAUUUCGGAACUGGAAGUCCGCCUGAAGAAGGAAGAGAAAUGCCGGCAAGAACUAGAGAAAAUGAAGAGGAAGCUGGAGGGGGACUCAAGCGACUUCCAUGAGCAGAUUGCUGACCUCCAGGCCCAGAUUGCUGAGCUGAAAAUGCAGCUGGCCAAGAAGGAGGAGGAGCUGCAGGCCGCCUUGGCCAGGCUGGAAGACGAGAUGAACCAGAAGAACAAUGCGCUGAAAAAGAUCCGGGAGUUGGAAGCCCACAUCUCAGACCUGCAGGAGGACCUGGACUCUGAGCGGGCGGCACGCAACAAGGCCGAGAAGCAGAAGCGGGACCUGGGCGAGGAACUGGAGGCCCUCAAGACGGAGCUGGAGGACACCUUGGACAGCACAGCCACCCAGCAGGAGCUCAGAGCGAAGAGAGAGCAGGAGGUGACGGUGCUGAAGCGAGCGCUGGAGGAGGAGACGCGAGCCCACGAGGCCCAGGUGCAGGAGAUGCGCCAGAGGCACACCCAGGCCGUGGAGGAGCUGGCCGAGCAGCUGGAGCAGUUCAAGCGGGCCAAGGCCAACCUGGACAAGACCAAGCAGACGCUGGAGAAAGGCAACGCGGACCUGAGCAACGAGAUCCGGUCGCUCAAUCAGGCCAAGCAGGAGGUGGAGUACAAGAAGAAGAAGCUGGAGGGGCAAAUGCAGGAGCUGCAGUCCAAGUUUGCCGAUGGGGAGCGAGUCCGGACGGAGCUCAACGAGAAAGUCCACAAACUGCAGGCGGAGGCUGAAAGCAUGGCGGUGCUCCUGAAUGAAGCCGAGGGCAAGAGCAUCAAGCUGACCAAAGAUGUGGUGACUCUGAGCUCCCAGCUGCAAGACACGCAGGAGCUGCUGCAGGAGGAAACUCGGCAGAAGCUCAACCUGUCCACCAAGCUUCGGCAAAUGGAGGACGAGAAGAAUGGCCUGCAGGAGCAGCUGGAGGAAGAGGUGGAAGCCAAGCAGAAUCUGGAGAGGCAGGUUUCAACCUUAAACGUGCAGCUCUCGGACUCCAAGAGGAAGAUGCAAGAGUACCUUGGCACCAUUGAAACCAUGGAGGAAGGCAAAAAGAGGCUCCAGAAGGAAGUGGAGGGCCUCACCCAGCAGUUUGAGGAAAAAGCUGCUUCAUACGACAAACUGGAAAAAACCAAGAACCGGCUUCAGCAGGAGCUGGAUGACCUUGUGGUUGACCUGGACAACCAACGUCAGAUGGUUUCUAACCUGGAGAAGAAGCAGAAGAAAUUUGACCAGAUGCUUGCUGAGGAGAAGAACAUCUCUUCCAAAUAUGCUGAGGAACGAGACCGAGCAGAAGCCGAAGCCAGAGAAAAGGAGACCAAAGCACUGUCACUGGCCCGAGCUCUGGAGGAGGCUCUGGAAGCCAAGGAGGAGCUGGAGAGGACCAACAAAUUGCUGAGAGCAGAGAUGGAAGACCUCGUGAGCUCCAAGGAUGAUGUUGGCAAGAACGUCCAUGACCUGGAGAAGUCCAAACGGGCCCUGGAGCAGCAGAUGGAAGAAAUGAAGACUCAGCUGGAGGAGCUGGAAGAUGAGCUGCAGGCCACUGAGGAUGCCAAGCUGAGGCUGGAGGUCAACAUGCAAGCGCUGAAGGGGCAGUUCGAGAGGGACUUGCAAGCCCGGGAUGAGCAGAAUGAAGAGAAGCGCCGGCAGCUGCAGAAGCAGCUCCAUGAGCUGGAGGUAGAACUGGAAGACGAGCGCAAGCAACGGGGCCUGGCAGCGGCCGCCAAGAAGAAGCUGGAGGUGGACCUCAAAGACCUGGAAGGGCAGGUGGACUCUGCCAUCAAGGGCCGCGAGGAAGCCAUCAAGCAGCUGCGGAAACUGCAGGCCCAGAUGAAGGACUUCCAGCGGGAGCUGGACGAUGCCCGGGCCGCCAGGGAAGAGGUCUUUGCCACCGCCCGGGAGAAUGAGAAGAAGGCGAAGAACCUGGAGGCGGAGCUCAUGCAGCUGCAAGAGGACUUGGCUGCCGCAGAGCGGGCUCGGAAGCAAGCGGAGCAGGAGAAGGAGGACCUGGCGGAAGAGCUGGCCAGCUCUGCCUCGGGGAGGAUCAGCCUGCAGGACGAGAAGCGCCGCUUGGAGGCCCGGAUCUCCCAGAUAGAGGAGGAGCUGGAGGAGGAGCAGGGCAACAUGGAGGCCAUGAGUGACCGCUUCCGCAAGGCGGUGCAGCAGUCGGAGCAGCUGAGCAAUGAGCUGGCCACGGAGCGUGCCACGGCCCAGAAGAACGAGAGCGCCCGCCAGCAGCUGGAGCGGCAGAACAAGGAGCUGAGGUCCAAGCUGCAGGAGAUGGAGGGGGCCGUCAAGGCCAAGUUCAAGGUCACCAUCUCGGCCCUGGAGGCCAAAAUCGGCCAGCUGGAAGAGCAACUGGAGCAGGAGUCCAGGGAAAAGCAGAUGGUGGCCAAGGCCCUGCGCCAGAAGGACAAGAAGCUGAAGGAGACCCUGCUGCAGGCGGAGGAUGAGAGGAAGCAGGCCGAGCAGUACAAGGACCAGGCAGACAAGGGCAGCGCCCGGGUGAAGCAGCUGAAGCGGCAGCUGGAGGAGGCGGAGGAGGAGUCCCAGCGCAUCAACGCCAGCCGCCGGAAGCUGCAGCGGGAGCUGGACGAGGCCACGGAGAGCAACGAGGCCAUUGGGCGGGAGAUGGUGGCCCUGAAGAGCAAGCUCAGGCGCGGGAACGAGCCGGUGUCCUUCGCCCCCUCGCGCCGAUCGGGGGGUGCUGGUGGCGGCAGGCGGUCGGUUGAAAAUGCUGCCGAAGGCUCCGAGGAAGAGGGAGACCCCCGGGAUGCAAAUUUCAACGGAACAAAAUCCAGCGACUAACCAGCUCCCCCCCUCCUCCACGCUUGCCCGUUUGACUGCUGCACCAGAAAAAAGGAAAAGGGGGGGCCAUUAGCAGCACUCUAGGCCGCUUCACCUGUCCCAAAGCCACGUCCUCCCCGACCACAGCUGCCUCUACUCCCCCGUAGACACUGAGCCAUGGUGGCCUUAGUCGCGCAGCUGCCUUUCUGCAAGGGUCACACCCAUGCCUGGCUGACCAGACCAGGGCCACCCCCCAGAAGUGCUCCGAACCCCUAGGAGACAAAGCCCACUUGCCUUGCCCCCCCCUCAAAUUCUUGUUCUUCCCUGAUGCUUCCAGCCUUUCAGAAGGCACCCCAAAAUUUGCCAAAAUCCAACUGCCUUUUUGAGUCACUGCUUUGGGGGUGGAUGGGAGGGGAGGGGAGGGGAGGGAACGAGAAAACAACUCUUACUAUUUGGGAUGACCUUUGUGCUUAACACACACACACACACAUAUUAAUAAAGGUUGUUAAAAAUCAGAAGAA